AUGCUGAGUAGGCAGCAGCAGCAGCAGCAGCCAACUGCAGCAGGAGCAGAAGAAUAUGAAGAUGCAGCAGCAGCAGCAGCAGCAGCAGCAGCAGCAGCAGCAGAUUCAGCAGAAGAAGAAGAAGAACCUGAUAUAUCUACUAGAGGACCUGCAGAAAAAGAUCUAUGUCCUCCUAGUACUCAGCCUUAUGGCAAAAUGCGGAACUGUUUGAUGGGGAUGACAAAACCCUAG